AUGAACUGGUUAUGUUGGAACUGUCGAGGGCUUGGAAACCCUCGGACAGUUCUUGAGCUUCAUCUAUGGGUGAAGGUAAAGGUCCCAAAUUUUGUUUUCUUAAUGGAAACAAAAUGCAGUAGAGAGAAGGUGGAGUUGGUUAGGAAUUUGUUGGGCUUUGACUGCAGUUUCACUGUGGAUUGCAGAGGGUUAAGUGGUGGCUUAGUCUUUCUCUGGCAUGGCUUGAGUAAUUUGGAACUAGAAUCUUAUUCUAGAUCCUAUAUUUCUAUGAUUCAUAAGGGCUUGGAUGAUAAGGAAAUGCUCCUUACAGGAUUCUAUGGAUCCCCUCAAGUUGAUCAAAGAGAGAAUAGUUGGAGUUUGUUGAGGGCUUUGAAGCCAAAUAAUGGUAGAGCCUGGGUCUGUGCAGGUGAUUUCAAUGAGAUACUGCAUCAACAUGAGAAGCCUGGGGCUGCUAUGAGGCCUUAUUGUCAAAUGCAGAAGUUUAGAGCAGUAGUGGAUGAUUGUGGUCUUAGUGAUCUGGGCUUCCGUGGCAACAAGUUUACUUGGAGUAAUAACAGGGAAACCAACCAGUUUACCAAAGAAAGAUUGGAUAGGGGCUUGGGCAAUUCACAGUUAUCUCUCAUGUUCAGUUAUAUAGAUAUUCACACUCUUCCUGCUCAAUCUUCAGAUCACUCUCCACUUUUUGUUUCUAUGUCCAAUGAUCUCAACAACUGUUUUCAGAAAAGGCAUUUGUUUAGAUAUGAAUGCUCUUGGGACAAGAAGGAGGAAUGCAUAAAGAUUGUUGAAGAAGAAUGGAGAUCAAAAGUAGCAAGGGGAAGCAAACUCUACUCCGUUUUGGGAGGCUUGACACUAUGCAAAAAGGCUCUCACUAGAUGGAAAAAGAACUGUUAUAAAAACAAUAAGGAGUUGGUGUUAGAACAUUUGCAGGUUAUUUCGAGGCUUCAAGAGGAGAAUAUGGGGCAGUCUGGGGCUGUUAUUAAGGAGAAGCAGAAGGUAGUAGAUCAAUUGCUAGCAGAAGAUGAUUUAAGAUGGAAGUAA